UUCCACUCCGCCCCCCCUGUCUCCGGCCCUGCUCGCGCGACUGGCCCAUAGAGAGAGCAGCUUCCUGCCCGCGCAACUAAACUUACCCUUCGGGGGGAAAAAACGGAGCAACUGCACCACUCGCGACUCAGUUGGAAAUUAAGAAUAAGAUCACCCCGGAGUGUUUGGCCCUUCGCGGGUGAAGCAAGGGCCGGCCAGCACAGAAAGUAGGAUGUGGGUCUGGUACCUCCUGCUCGGGUCGGGAACGGGCACCAGCUCGGUCGAGAGCCAGCUUCUCCCUGGGAAUAACUUCACCACUGAAUGCAACAUUCCAGGAAACUUCAUGUGUGGCGAUGGCGUGUGUAUCCCAGGAAGCUGGCAGUGCGACGGUUUCCCCGACUGCUUCGACAAGAGCGACGAGAAGGGUUGCCCAAAGGUGAAGUCGAAAUGCGCCCCCACAUUCUUUGGCUGCGCUAACGGUGUCCACUGCAUCAUCGGCCGCUUCCGCUGCAACGGCUUCCGUGACUGUCCCGAUGGCAGCGACGAGAACAACUGCACAGGUAAUCCUUUGGUGUGCUCAGCGGCUCGCUUUCACUGCAGGAAUGGCCAAUGUGUGGAUCGAAGUUUCCUCUGUAAUGGGCAAGACAACUGCCAGGACAACAGUGAUGAAGAGAACUGCCUUUCCACAGCAGAAUCUCCAGGUCAGGAUUUUGUGACACUCGACUAUCGGUUGCGUUACUACCCCAGUAUCACCUAUGCAGUCAUUGGCAGCGCUAUCAUUUUCGUCCUGGUGGUGGCGCUGUUGGCUCUGGUGUUGCAUCACCAGAGAAAGAGGAGCGUGUUGCUGCCCCGCAGUGGAAGCCACCCGCAUCCUCACCAGCCUCUACUGCUCUCCCGGCUGGUAAUAGUGGACAGAGGACACGUCUCACCUCCAUCCUCGUCCACGUCAGGCCACUUCAGCUCAGCACACAGCCUCCAGCUGCUCACCAGCUCCCUCUACCCCCAAGGAGUCUCGCUGGAGUCGCCACCUUCGUACUCACAGGCAGUGCUGGAUGUCAGUCGACCACCGUGGUUUGACCUCCCGCCCCCUCCUUACCCUCCUGAUGGCGCGGCUGCGUGUGAAACAGAGCCACCUGUUUAUGAAGCAUCCACACACAUUAUUGAGACUCCUGCAGUCAGAUCUGAGAGAGCACAAGUGCACAGCAUCAAUCCCACAGUCAGAUGUGAAGCAGCACAGCCCCGAACCCUCAGUACAGCCUCCAGCUCCAUAGAGGACUCUCAGCAGCUAUAGCUGUCCACUGAGGGAACAGAGAGACACUUGUAUAUAGGACACAGAGACAUGUAUGGGACUAUGGGUGUGGAAAGAUAAAGGACGGAUGAGUGCCACAGCGCUACAUUUAGAGCAUCGCUAAAGGACGCUGCCAGAAAUUGGUUUUUCAACUUAGUGGUUUUCGUGAGUAGAAAGUGCCAUCUUCUGGUGAACAUGUGACAUUACAGCUCAUGAACUUUACCGUGAAUUGACACUGUACAUAAUGAGAACUGACUGAUCUCAUAUACAAGACUGAUUUUGACGUGCAUUAAUGAUGCAGACACCAAACAAAUGCCACACAAGUACUACAGGACUAAAAACUGUUCUGUUCUUUAAUAGUCUUUAUCUCUUUUGGUGUUUCCUUUUCUUACAUCGCUUUAUAAUAUUCUGAAAAAUUACUAUGCAAUGUGAACUGUGUAUAAAAGAAAAACUAAACAAAAAACACAUGAUACAAGUGAUGUGGUGUGUAAAGAAUCAAUGUAUCCCAUUCUCAUCAUUAAAGCACUUAUUAAUUUA